AUGGGUGUCGGCCGGAGGAGGCUGGCCGCGCUCUGGGCACUGGCUCUGGCCCUGGCCUGCACCCAGCACACAGGUGAGGCUCACGCCGGCCAGGCCCACGACAGCUCUGAGAACCAGGACCUCCCUCGUGCCCGCCACGGGCCUGGCGGAGACCCCCUCGGCACGGUGACUGUCCACCCGCCUCUGAGGACGCCCCCCGUGGUGCGAGCCCUGAAUGCGGCGCACGGCGGGCGGGUGUGCAGCACCUGGGGCGACUUCCACUACAAGACCUUCGACGGCGACCUCUUCCGCUUCCCUGGCCUGUGCAACUACGUCUUCUCCGCGCACUGCGGGGCCGCCUACGAGGACUUCAACAUCCAGCUCCGCCGCGGCCCAGGGCCCAAUGACACCGCGCCCAGCAGGGUCACCAUGAAGCUGGACGGCCUGGUGGUCGAGCUGAGCAAGAGCUCCGCCCGGGUCAACGGCCGCCGGGUCCAGCUGCCCUUCGGCCAGUCGGGUGUCCUCAUUGACCAGAGCAGCAGCUACGUGAAGGUGGCAGCCAGGCUGGGCCUGGUCUUCAUGUGGAACCAGGACGACAGCCUCCUGCUGGAGCUGGACGCCAAGUACGCCAACCAGACCUGUGGGCUCUGCGGAGACUUCAAUGGCGUCCCAGUCGUCAACGAGCUCUUCUCCCACAAUGUCAAGCUGACGCCCAUCGAGUUUGGAAACCUCCAGAAGGUGGAUGGCCCAGUGGAGCAGUGUCAGGACCCUGUCCCAGAGCCCCUGACGAACUGCUUGACCGGCUCUGAUGUCUGCGAGGAGAUGCUGAGCGGCGGGCUGCUCUCGGGCUGCAGCGCCCUGGUCAACGCCAGUGGCUACCUGGACGCCUGCCGGCACGACCUCUGCCACUGUCAGCAGGCCAACCUGACCAGCUGCGCCUGCCACACCCUCGCCGAGUACUCCCGCCAGUGCGCCCACGCCGGGGGGCUGCCCCUGGACUGGCGGGCCCAGACGUGCCCCCGGAACAUGCAGUUCCACGAGUGUGGCUCGCCCUGCGUGGACACCUGCUCCAACCCCGGGCACUCCCAGCUCUGCGAGGACCACUGCAUCGCCGGCUGCUUCUGCCCCAAGGAGGGCCGGUCCCCUCCACACUCACGCAGUGGACACAGCCCGGCACCUGCCACAUGCUUGCCUGCCUCUGCAGGGAUGGUGCUGGAUGACAUCGGCCACACUGGCUGCAUCCCGGUGUCCCAGUGCUCCUGUGUGUACAAUGGGGCCACCUAUGCCCCAGGGACCGGCUACUCCACAGACUGUGCCAACUGCACCUGCUCUGGAGGCCGGUGGAGCUGCCGGGAGGUGCCAUGCCCCGGCACUUGCUUGGUGCUGGGGGGCGCACACUUCUCCACCUUUGACGAGAGGCAGUACACGGUUCACGGGGACUGCAGCUACGUGCUGACCAAGCCCUGUGACAGCAGCGCCUUCACCGUGCUGGCCGAGCUGCGCAGAUGCGGACUGACCGACAAUGAGAACUGCCUGAAAAGCCUGACACUGAGCCUGGGCUCGGGGCACACGGUCAUCGUGGUCAAGGCCAGCGGGGAGGUGUUUGUGAACCAGAUCUACAGCCAGCUGCCCGUCUCCGCAGCCAACGUCACGCUCUUCAGACCCUCCACUUUCUUCAUCGUCGCCCAGACCCAGCUGGGCCUGCAGCUGGACAUCCAGCUGGUGCCCCUCAUGCAGGUGUACGUGAGGCUGGCGCCCGAGCUCCGGGGGCAGACCUGCGGCCUGUGUGGGAACUUCAACCAGAACCAGGCGGACGACUUCCGGACCAUCAGCGGCGUGGUGGAGGGCACGGCCGCUGCCUUCGCCAACACCUGGAAGACCCAGGCCGCCUGCCCCAAUGUCAAGAACAGCUUCGAGGACCCCUGCGCCUUCAGCGUGGAGAACGAGAAGUACGCUCAGCACUGGUGCUCGCAGCUGACCGACCCCCACGGCCCCUUCGCCCGGUGCCACGCCUCUGUGAGCCCCAGCACCUACUACUCGAACUGCAUGUUCGACACGUGCAACUGUGAGAAGAGUGAGGACUGCAUGUGCGCCGCCCUGUCCUCCUACGUGUGGGCCUGCGCCGCCAGGGGCGUGCUGCUGAGCGGCUGGCGGGACGGCGCGUGCACAAAGCCCACGGCCACCUGUCCCGAGUCGAUGACCUACCACUACCACAUCAGCACGUGCCAGCCCACCUGCCGGGCCCGGAGCGACGAGGACGUCACCUGCAGCGUCAGCUUCGUCCCUGUGGACGGCUGUACCUGCCCCCAUGACACCUUCCUGGACGACACGGGCAAGUGUGUGCCGGCCACCAGCUGUCCCUGCUACCACGGGGGCUCGAUGGUUCCCAACGGGGAGUCGCUGCAUGAGAGCGGGGUCAUCUGCUCCUGCACCCAGGGCACGCUGGCCUGCAUCGGAAGCCACUCCUCGGCUCCAGCCUGUGCCUCCCCCAUGAUCUACUUGGACUGCCGCAACGCCACGCCCGGGGCCGCAGGGGCCACAGGGGCCGGCUGUCAGAAGAGCUGCCACACGCUGGACAUGGACUGUUACAGCCCCCAGUGCGUGCCCGGCUGCGUGUGUCCCAACGGGCUGGUGGCCGACGGCGAAGGCGGCUGCAUCCCUGCGUCCGACUGCCCCUGCGUGCACAACGAAGCCAGCUACCGGGCCGGCCAGACCAUCCGGGUGGGCUGCAACACCUGCACCUGUAAAAGCAGGAUGUGGCAGUGCACGGACGAGCCCUGCCUGGCCACCUGCGCAGUGUAUGGGGACGGCCACUAUCUCACCUUCGAUGGGCAGCGCUACAGCUUCAGCGGGGACUGCGCGUACACGCUGGCCCAGGACCACUGCGGCGGGAACAGCAGUGCUCAGGACGGCUUCCGUGUCGUCACUGAGAACAUCCCCUGUGGCACCACGGGGACCACCUGCUCCAAGGCCAUCAAAGUCUUCCUGGGGAGCUACGAGCUGAAGCUGAGUGACGGCAAAGCAGAGGUGAUCGAGAAGGACCCGGGGCAGCAGCCGCCCUUCUCCAUCCGCCAGAUGGGCAUCUACCUGGUGGUGGACACGGAGGUCGGCCUGGUGCUGUUGUGGGACAAGAAGACCAGCAUCUUCCUAAUACUCAGCCCCGAGUUCAAGGGGAGGGUCUGCGGGCUGUGCGGGAACUUUGAUGACAACGCCCUCAACGACCUCACCACGCGGAGCCAGUCCGUGGUGGGCGACGUGCUGGAGUUUGGCAACAGCUGGAAAUUCUCCCCGUCCUGCCCGGACGCCCAGGACCCCAAGGACCCCUGUACGGCCAAUCCGUACCGCAAGUCCUGGGCCCAGAAGCAGUGCAGCAUCAUCAGCGGGGACGCCUUCAGUGCCUGCCAUGCCCAUGUGGAGCCGGCCAGGUACUACGAGGCCUGCGUGAGCGACGCCUGCGCCUGUGACUCUGGGGGUGACUGUGAGUGCUUCUGCACGGCCGUGGCCGCCUACGCCCGGGCCUGCCACGAAGCGGGCGUGUGCGUGUCCUGGCGGACCCCGGACAUCUGCCCCCUCUUCUGCGACUACUACAACCCCCAGGGCCAGUGCGAGUGGCACUACCUUCCCUGCGGCGCCCCCUGCCUGAAGACCUGCCGGAACCCCAGCGGCCAGUGCCUGCACGGCGUGCACGGCCUGGAAGGCUGCUACCCCAAGUGCCCACCAGAAGCCCCCAUCUUUGACGAGGACCAGAUGCAGUGUGUGGCGUCCUGCCCGACCCCACCCCCACCGCCGCCCUGCCGCGUCCAGGGCAAGUCCUACCGGCCUGGCUCAGCCGUGCCCUCGGAUGAGAACUGCCACUCCUGCGUUUGCACUGAGAGCGGCGUGCGCUGCACCUAUGACUCGGACGCCUGUGUCUGCACCUACGGCGGCCAGCACUUCCGUCCCGGGGACAUCAUCUACCACACGGCAGACGGCACGGGGGGCUGCAUCUCCGCCCGCUGCGGGGCCAACGGCACCAUCGAGAGGAGGGUCUACGCCUGCAGCUCUACCUCCCCCACCCCGGAAACCACCUUCUCCUUCUCUACGACGCUCGUCCUGGGCCUGACGCCUCCACCUGGCACGCGCCCCAGCCCUACCGAGAGCACGGCACACACCCCGAGCAGCACCCCAUCCACCGCCCCGGGCACGUCCCCGAGAAUGCUGUCUUCAGUAGCCACCCCCUCACCCACCCCGGGCUGUGAGCAGCAGUGCCAGUGGUCACAGUGGCUGGACGUCAGCCGUCCGGGACGCGGCACAGACAGCGGGGACUUCGACACACUGGAGAACCUCCGUGCCCAUGGGUACCAGGUUUGCCGAGCACCGAGGCAGGUGGAGUGCCGGGCCGAGGGCGCCGCUGGGGUGCCACUCCAAGUCCUGGGGCAGCACGUGGAGUGCAGCCCGCAGGUGGGGCUGACUUGCUACAACAGGGACCAGGCUUCCGGGCUCUGUGAAAACUACCAGAUCAGGAUCCUGUGCUGCUCCCCCGAGGACUGCACCCUCAGCAGCACCACCUCUCCUGUCACCUCCAGGACAGCUGACACCAGGACCAGCAGGACCACCUCACAACACACCUGCCCCAGGUUCCACCACACCUGCCCCAGGUACCACCACACCUGCCCCAGGUUCCACCACACCUGCCCCAGGUUCCACCACACCUCCCCCAGGUUCCACCACACCUGCCCCAGGUACCACCACACCUGCCCCAGGUACCACACCUGCCCCAGGUUCCACCACACCUGCCCCAGGUUCCACCACACCUGUCCCAGGUACACCUACACCUGCCCCAGGUUCCACCACACCUGCCCCAGGUACCACCACACCUGCCCCAGGUACCACCACACCUGCCCCAGGUUCCACCACACCUGCUCCAGGUACCACCACACCUGCUCCAGGUUCCACCACACCUGCCCCAGGUUCCACCACACCUGUCCCAGGUACCACCACACCUGCCCCAGGUUCCACCACACCUGCCCCAGGUCCACCACACCUGUCCCAGGUACCACUACACCUGCUCGGUUCCACCACACCUGCCCCAGGUUCCACUACACCUGCCCCAGGUUCCACCACACCUCCCCCAGGUUCCACCACACCUGCCCCAGGUACCACCACACCUGCCCCAGGUACCACACCUGCCCCAGGUUCCACCACACCUGUCCCAGGUACACCUACACCUGCCCCAGGUUCCACCACACCUGCCCCAGGUACCACCACACCUGCCCCAGGUUCCACCACACCUGCCCCAGGUACCACCACACCUGCCCCAGGUUCCACCACACCUGUCCCAGGUACACCUACACCUGCCCCAGGUUCCACCACACCUGCCCCAGGUACCACCAUACCUGCCCCAGGUUCCACCACACCUGUCCCAGGUACCACCACACCUGUCCCAGGUUCCACCACACCUCCCCCAGGUUCCACCACACCUGCCCCAGGUACCACCACACCUGUCCCAGGUUCCACCACACCUGCCCCAGGUACCACCACACCUGUCCCAGGUUCCACCACACCUGUCCCAGGUACCACCACACCUGUCCCAGGUUCCACCACACCUGCCCCAGGUACCACACCUGUCCCAGGUACCACCACACCUGCCCCAGGUUCCACCACACCUGUCCCAGGUACCACCACACCUGCCCCAGGUUCCACCACACCUGCCCCAGGUUCCACUACACCUGCCCCAGGUUCCACGACACCUACUCCAGGUACACCUACACCUGCCCCAGGUACCACCACACCUGUCCCAGGUACCACCACACAUGCCCCAGGUUCCACCACACCUGCCCCAGGUUCCACUACACCUAUCCCAGGUUCCACUACACCUAUCCCAGGUUCCACUACACCUAUCCCAGGUCCCACUACACAUGCCCCAGGUCCCACUACACUUCCCCGGGGACCUCCAUUCCCCCUGGCACAUUGACGCCCAGCGACAACCCCUGUCUGCGAGAAUCAUGCACUUGGACUGAGUGGAUUGAUGGCAGCUAUCCUGGAUCAGGGAGAAAGAGUGGAGAUUUUGACACUUUUCAGAAUCUGAGAUCCAAAGGAUAUAAAUUCUGCGCAAAUCCCAGGAACGUGCAGUGCAGGGCAGAGCGUUUCCCGAACACCCCGCUGCAGGAACUGGGGCAGGACCUGAUCUGUGACAAGACGGUGGGGCUGAUAUGCCGCAACGAGGACCAGCUGCCCCCAAUUUGCUACAACUAUGAAAUCCGGAUCCUGUGCUGUGAGGUGGUGAAUGUGUGCACGACAAACACCUCCCCCUUCACCACGCCCGGGGCCACGCACUGGACCACACGCGAAACCAGCACUGCCUGGACCACUGUCCUGCCCUCACCUUCCACCCUCCACAGCAGCACCGGCUCCCCACCCGUGUCCCCAGCAAGCAGGGUCACCCCCAGCACACAUGAGCCCUCCCCACCUGGGACCAGCCCCGCCUCCUCUCCGACGACCAGCACGACCUCCCACGACCUCCGCGCGCACAACCGGCCCCCCCUCCUCUCCGACGACCAGCACGACCUCCGCGCGCACAACCGGCCCCCCCUCCUCUCCGACGACCAGCACGACCUCCGCGCGCACAACCGGCCCCCCCUCCUCUCCGACGACCAGCACGACCUCCGCGCGCACAACCGGCCCCCCCCCCUCUCCGACGACCAGCACGACCUCCGCGCGCACAACCGGCCCCCCCUCCUCUCCGACGACCAGCACGACCUCCGCGCGCACAACCGGCCCCCCCUCCUCUCCGACGACCAGCACGACCUCCGCGCGCACAACCGGCCCCCCCUCCUCUCCGACGACCAGCACGACCUCCGCGCGCACAACCGGCCCCCCCUCCUCUCCGACGACCAGCACGACCUCCGCGCGCACAACCGGCCCCCCCUCCUCUCCGACGACCAGCACGACCUCCGCGCGCACAACCGGCCCCCCCUCCUCUCCGACGACCAGCACGACCUCCGCGCGCACAACCGGCCCCCCCUCCUCUCCGACGACCAGCACGACCUCCGCGCGCACAACCGGCCCCCCCUCCUCUCCGACGACCAGCACGACCUCCGCGCGCACAACCGGCCCCCCCCCCUCUCCGACGACCAGCACGACCUCCGCGCGCACAACCGGCCCCCCCUCCUCUCCGACGACCAGCACGACCUCCGCGCGGACAACCGGCCCCCCCUCCUCUCCGACGACCAGCACGACCUCCGCGCGCACAACCGGCCCCCCCUCCUCUCCGACGACCAGCACGACCUCCGCGCGCACAACCGGCCCCCCCUCCUCUCCGACGACCAGCACGACCUCCGCGCGCACAACCGGCCCCCCCUCCUCUCCGACGACCAGCACGACCUCCGCGCGCACAACCGGCCCCCCCUCCUCUCCGACGACCAGCACGACCUCCGCGCGCACAACCGGCCCCCCCCCCUCUCCGACGACCAGCACGACCUCCGCGCGCACAACCGGCCCCCCCUCCUCUCCGACGACCAGCACGACCUCCGCGCGGACAACCGGCCCCCCCUCCUCUCCGACGACCAGCACGACCUCCGCGCGCACAACCGGCCCCCCCUCCUCUCCGACGACCAGCACGACCUCCGCGCGCACAACCGGCCCCCCCUCCUCUCCGACGACCAGCACGACCUCCGCGCGCACAACCGGCCCCCCCUCCUCUCCGACGACCAGCACGACCUCCGCGCGCACAACCGGCCCCCCCCCCUCUCCGACGACCAGCACGACCUCCGCGCGCACAACCGGCCCCCCCUCCUCUCCGACGACCAGCACGACCUCCGCGCGGACAACCGGCCCCCCCUCCUCUCCGACGACCAGCACGACCUCCGCGCGCACAACCGGCCCCCCCCCCUCUCCGACGACCAGCACGACCUCCGCGCGCACAACCGGCCCCCCCUCCUCUCCGACGACCAGCACGACCUCCGCGCGGACAACCGGCCCCCCCUCCUCUCCGACGACCAGCACGACCUCCGCGCGCACAACCGGCCCCCCCUCCUCUCCGACGACCAGCACGACCUCCGCGCGCACAACCGGCCCCCCCUCCUCUCCGACGACCAGCACGACCUCCGCGCGCACAACCGCACGACCUCCGCGCGCACAACCGGCCCCCCCUCCUCUCCGACGACCAGCACGACCUCUGUCCCUACCUCGGUGACACCGCCCAGCCCCACGGAGCCCUCCACCACAACGUGCUACUGCAGCGUGUCCGGCAGUUUCUACCCUGCGGGGUCCAUCAUUUACCAGCAGACCGACCUCUCCGACCACUGCUAUUACGCCGUGUGCAGCCUGGACUGCCAUGUGGUCAGGCGGACUGACCACACCUGUCCCACCAGCACACCGUCUCUUCCCCCGACCACCUCCCCACCAUGGUCCUCCCCGUCUACGUCGGUGCCUCCGAAGGGAUGCCCAAAUGCAGUGCCCCCGAGGACGGAAGGCGAGACCUGGGCCAUGCCCAACUGCUCUCAGGCCACCUGCAAGGGCAACGGGGUCAUCACUGUGAGGCCGCGCCAGUGCCCAGCGGUGAAGGAGCUGACCUGCGCCAACGGCUACCCCCCCGUGAGCGUGGCUGACGACGAGGGCUGCUGCUUAAGCCACUACGAGUGUCAAUGUGUGUGCAGCGGCUGGGGCGACCCCCACUACAUCACCUUCGACGGCACCUACUACACAUUCCUGGACAACUGCACGUACGUGCUGGUGCAGCAGAUCGUGCCGGUGUUCGGGCACUUCCGGGUGCUCAUCCAAAACUACUUCUGCGACGCUGAGGACAGGCUGUCCUGCCCGCAGUCCAUCAUCAUCGAGUACCGGCAGGACCGCGUCGUGCUGACCCGCAAGCCAGUCCACGGGGUGAUGACCAAUGAGAUCAUCUUCAACGAGAAGGUGGUCAGUCCCGGCUUCCAAAAGGACGGCAUCGUCGUCUCCCAGACUGGCAUCAAGAUGUACGCGACCAUCCCUGAGCUCGGCGUCCAGGUCAUGUUCAGCGGCCUCAUCUUCUCGGUGGAGGUGCCUUUCAGCAAGUUCGCCAACAACACAGAGGGGCAGUGUGGCACCUGCACCAACAACCAGGAAGAUGAGUGUCGACUGCCCGGGGGGGCAGUGGUGGCCUCCUGCUCUGACAUGUCCAGCCACUGGAAGGUGACCGUCCCUGACCAGCCAUCCUGUGACGGGCCUCCCCCGACGCCCAUUAUACCCAGGACCACGGCCGCCCCGUGCCCACCGUCACCAAUCUGCCAGCUCAUUCUGAGCGAGGUCUUUGAGCUGUGCCACGCGGUGCUCCCGCCAUGGCUGUACUACCAAGGCUGCCUCUUCGACCAGUGCCACAUGCCCCACUCGGAUGUGACGUGCUCUAGCCUGGAGCUGUACGCUUCGCUCUGUGCAUCUCAUGGCGUCUGCGUCGACUGGAGGGGCCAAACCAACCGCACAUGCCCCUUCACCUGUCCUGCUGACAAGGUGUACCAGCCCUGUGGCCCGUCCAACCCCUCCUACUGCUACACCAACCACAGCACCAACGCUGCGGUCCUUCGGGAAGAGGCUCCAUUCACUGAAGGCUGCUUCUGCCCAGAGGGCAGGUCGCUGUUCAGCAGGAGCACGGAGGUCUGCGUGCCCGACGACUGCACCACCUGCAACACCAGUUACUGCCCCCGGCCCGUGGGCUGCCCCGAGGGCGCCCGCUCCAUCCUGACGCACAAGGAGGGGGCUUGCUGUCCGAGCCAAAGCUGCAGCUGGACCGUCUGCAGCGUCAACGGCACUGUGUACCAGCCUGGCGCCGUGGUCUCUUCCAACCUGUGCGAAACCUGUCGCUGUGAGGUGCCCGGGGGCCCCCAGGCGGACACGUUUGUGAUCAGCUGUGAGACCCAGAUCUGCAACACCCACUGCCAGGUGGGCUUCGAGUACCAGGUGCAGGGCAGCCAGUGCUGCGGCUCGUGUGUGCCGGUGGCCUGUGUCGUGAACGUCAGCGACAGCUCUGCCGUCCUCGUUCCUGCCGGUGAGUCCUGGUCAGACCCCGACAGCCCCUGCGUGACACACAAGUGUGAGAAACAGCGGGAUGUGCUCGUGGUGACGACCGUAAGGAAGGAGUGCCCCCCCCUCAGCUGCUCAGUGGACAAGGCUAGCUUGAGUGAGGACGGAUGCUGUCUCUUAUGCCCCUCUGCCCCACCUCCCGCGUCCUGUCCCUCCCCAGGGUCCAGCUGUUCCGUGCACCACAAGCACCAGGUCCUCCAGCAGCAGGGCUGCAGCUCCCCCGAGCCUGUGCGCCUCUCCUACUGCCAGGGCAAAUGUGGGGACACCGCCUCCAUGUACUCGCUGGAAGCCAGCGGGGCGCCGAACAGCUGCCGGUGCUGUCAGGAGCUGCGGGUGUCUCCAAGGAACGUGACGCUGCACUGCGCCGACGGCUCCCGCAGGGCCAUCAGCUACACUGAAGUGGAGGAGUGUGGCUGCGUGGGCCAGAGGUGCGACUCGCCUGGAGACCUCGGCCACUCGGAGGAGUGGGAGCCUGAGCACAGCAAGGAGCAGAGCAAGGAGCACAGCAAGGAGCAGAGCAAGGAGCACAGCAAGGAGCAGAGCAAGGAGCACAGCAAGGAGCACAGCAAGGAGCACAGCAAGGAGCAGAGCGAGGAGCACAGCAAGGAGCAGAGCAAGGAGAAGGGGCAGAAGCACUGGGGAACAGGGGCCCUGGGUCCCAGGCCUCUCCAGUAGACAACCAGAGCCCUGC